CCGCAGCGGGCGGCAGCGGCUCCGUUCGAUCGGUGCUGCCGGGCCGCCACCGGGAGCCCCGGGCUCCUCCAGCCCGGCGUUGGGCACACCGACACCAAACGCCUCGCCGGCACACGGAACGAGAAGGCUCCCGCGCAGCGGGGCGGGCGGCGGCACCCCGGAAGGGGCGGGCUCCCCGGCGGAAGCGGCAGGCCCGGGCCGGGGCGCGGCACUGCGACCGCCGCCGCCCGAGGCGCGAGCGCGGGGCUAUGCCGGGCCGGAAGUCGUCCAAGGAGAAGAAGCGGCGGCGCUCCCGCUCCUGCUGCCCGGAGGGAGCGGCUGGCGGCGAGAGGAAGCGGCGGAGCGCCGAGUCCGGCCGCGGUGCCCCGGAGGAGGAAAAAUGCAGUGUACCAUCUGGAGAAAAAGUGGAAGAACCUGAGCAACCCAGUGAUGUAGAGGAAGGAGGAUUAGAUCUUAGUGUCUCCCUCAAACCAGUCAGUUUCUACAUUGCAGACAAAAAAGAAAUGCUUCAACAGUGUUUCUGUGUCAUAGGGGAGAAGAAACUACAGAAGAUGCUGCCUGAUAUUUUAAAGAGCUGUUCCAUGGAUGAAAUCAAAAGGCUUUGCUUGGAGCAGUUGGAGAUGUUAUCUGAAAAAAAACUGUUGAAGAUACUUGAAGGCAAGAGUGGAGCUGAUUCUGAUACUGACGAGGAUGGAGAUGGAGAAGACAAGACUGGAGGUGAAUCAGUCAGUCAGCAGGACAACAGCAUAGACUCCACUUCUUCUUUGAGAGAAGACAAGCUGGAAGGUCAGGAAUCAAAACAAGGCAAAGGAGAAGACAGUGAUGUCCUCAGCAUAAAUGCAGAUGCAUAUGAUAGUGACAUAGAGGGUCCAUGUGACGAAGAAGGCAGCCCAGAUGUGCAAGAAGACGUUGUCAGAAGUGGAGCUGGUCAGAUUGAUGACCUUCAGAAGGACAUUGAGAAAAGUGUGAAUGAGAUAUUGGGGUUGGCAGAAUCUAGCCCAAAGGAGUCUAAGGCAGCAAGCUUAGCUGUUCCUCCAUUAGAAGAUGUUCAGCCAUCAGCACAGCAGCUAGAGCUCCUUGAGCUUGAAAUGAGAGCCAGAGCUAUUAAGGCUCUGAUGAAGGCUGGUGAUGUAAAAAAACAGCCCUAAGAUUGUUUACAAUAAAUUCUCAGUAUCUUUUGAAGGAUGUUGUGUUUGUUCAUAUAGUUGUAGGGGUUGGACUGAACCUAAGGAAAUGAUCUAGUCCAACCUCCCUGUUAAAGCAGGUUCCCUGUAGUUGGUUGCACAGCCAAGUGUCCAGGAGGGUCUUGGAUAUCUGUAGAGAAAGAGACUCCACAACCUUUGUGGGCAGCCUGUUCCAGUGCUCUGUAGCCCUCAAAGUGAAGAGGUUUUUCAUACGGAACUUGCUGUGUUCUAGUUUAUGUCCAUGACCCCCUUGCUGGGCACCACUGAAAAGAGCCUGGCCCCAGCCCCUUGAUAGUUGCCCUUUAGAUAUUUGUAAGCGUUAAUAAGAUCUUUUCUCAGUGUUAUCUCCUCCUGGGUGAAGAGUCCCAGGUCUCUCAGCCUUUCUUCAUGAGGGAGAUGCUCCAGACCCAUGAUCAUCUUUGUGGCCCUUUGCUGGACAUUCUCCAGCUGUUUCCUGUCUUUUCUUGAGCUAGGAAGUCCAGAACUAUACUCAGUACUCCAGAUGCCACUCAGCAUCAGGCCUCACCAGAACAAAAGGGAGUGGGAUAAUCACCUCCCACUCCCUGUUGGCCACACUCUUUUUAAUGUACCCCAGGGUACCGUUGGCCUUCUUGGCCACAAGGACACACUGCUGGCUCAUGGCCAACCUGUUGUCCAGUAGGGCACUCGAGUCUUCUCCACAGAACUCCUUUCCAGCAGGUCAGCUACUCUCCUGUUCACAUGUGCCUGAUCCCAGACUGUGUACUUGCCCUUGUGGACGCUCCUAAGGUUCAUCUCUACCCAACUCCCCAGCCUGUCCAGUCUCGCUGAAUGGCAGCACAGCCUUCUGGUGUGUCAGCCACUCCCAGCUUCAUACCAUCAACAAACUUGCUGAGGGUGCACUCUAUCCCUUCAUCCAAGUCACUGAUGAAGAACUGAACAAGACCGGACCCAGUAGUGCCCAUGGAGGAGCACCUCUAGGUAUAGGCCUCCAACUAGACUCCAGGCUGCUCACCACAACCCACUGAGCUCUUUCAGUCAGCCAGUUCUCAAUCCACUUCUCUCUCCGCUCAUCUGUCUCACACUUCUUAAGCUUACCUAUGAAGAUGUUCUGAGAGGCAGCGUCAAAAGCCUUGCUAAAGUCAAGGUAGACAGCAUCCUCUUCUCCCAUCAACCUGCUGGUCAUGACACCGUAGAAGGCUACCAGAUUGGUCAAGCGUGAUUUCCCCUUGGUGAAUCCAUGUAGACAACUCCUGAUAAUGUUGUUUUCCACUUGCUUGGAGAUGACUUCUAGAAAAAGUUGUUCCAUCACUUCCCCAGAGAGAGUGGAGGCUGACUGGCCUAUAGUUUCCUGAGUCCUCCUCCUUGCCCUUUUUGAAGGCUGGAGUGACACUGGAUUUCCUCCAGUCCUCAGACUCCUCUCCUGUUCUCCAUAACCUUUCAGAGAUGGCAGAGAGUGGUUCAGCAGCCACCCCUGUAAGCUCCCUCACCACUCAUAAGUGCAUCCCAUGGGAGCUUAUGGAUUUGUGUGUGUUGAUUCUGGCUAGAAUCAUAGAACCAUAAAAUGGCUUAGGUUGGAGGGGACCUUAAGUAUCAUCUAGUUCCAACCCCCUGCUAUGGGCAGUGUGGCCAGCCACCAGAUCAGGAUGCCCAAGAUCCCAUCCAACCUCACCUCGAAUUUCUCCAGGGAUGGGGCAUCCACAACCUCUCUGGGCAGCCUGUGCCAGCUCCUCACCACCCCACAUGUAAAAAAUUUCUUCCUGACAUCUAACCUAAAUCUCCCCUCCUUCAGUUUAAAGUUGUUCCCCCUUGUCCUGUCACUACCAGGCAAUGUAAAAAGUUGGUCCCCCUCCUGCUUGUAGGCUCCCUUCAAGUACUGGAAGGUUGCAAUGCAGUCUCCCCAGAGACAUGGACGAUCUCUGACUAGAUCUUCCUUGAUGAAUGAGAAGUCUUCCUUUCGCCACUCUCUCUCUUAUCUCCAGAGUCUGGGAUUCCUGAGGGGCAGUCUUAGUAGUAAAGGCUGAAGCAAAGGUGGCAUUUGGUAACUGCCUUCUCAGCGUCCUCCAUUACAAGGGCACUCAUCCCAUUCAGCAGCAGGCCCACAUUCUCUGUAGUCCUCCUUUUUGAUAAACUUAAUGAAGCCUUUCUUCUUGUCCUUCACCUUUCUCGCAAGAUUUAAUUCCAAAUGGGCCAUAGCCUUCCUUGUUGCAUCCCCACAUGCCCUGACAGUGUACCUAUAUUCUUCCCAAGUGGCCAGACCCUUUUUUCAUGUUCUGUGAACAUUUUUUUUCUAUCCGAGUUUUUCCAUGAACUCCUUGCUAAUCCAUGCAGGUCUUCUGCCACCUUUGCCCGAUUUACUCUUACUGAUACUGAGGCUGGAGGAAGGGGUGCUUGAAUGUCAACCAACUCUUACUUUCCAGCGGGCCUCCUUGCCUUCCAAUGCUCUGUUCACUUCAGUGCUGAAGUGUAUUUGGGAUGGGUGUAUGAAAUUCCUUAUUCUGACUCGUUCGAUGUUGCUCGUUGUUUUCAUUGCCUUUGGUGUGCUGCUUCAUGCCUAGCACAAAAGAGCUGUGGCACAAAUGAGUUGGUUUGAUGCUGCCCUGAGCGCCCAGCAGCCUCUGUGCUCAGUUGUCUCUUCAGGGAGGCACACCGUGUACGGAGCUAUGCCAUGAACCUGGUGCCUUCAGGACAAGUAGAAGAAUCGAGUUCUUUGUAACUCCAUGGCUGUAAAAUAACCAACUAUUUUAUUUAUUUGCAACUUCUUAGUUGAGAAACUUGGUAUGUGUAUUUUUCAUUAAAAGUACCGUUUUUGGAGCGGUGUGACAUCCUUCAGCGUUCUUCCAUGUGAUCUGAGAUGCUUGUUUCUCCUUGGGUCCAGGUCAUAAUAAUGCAAAUGUUCUAGUUAAAUUAAAUAACGGUUCAUUCUGAGAAAGUUAAAAGUGUGGUUAGGUUUCAGAAAGCUAACUUGCUGAACAUGGUAGUGUUGUGGUGGUUUUUGUUCGUUCUGGAAUAAACAGUUGAACUGUCUUAUUUUCAGAGUUCUGAAAGUGCCUGUAAGUGGUAAAUACCAGGGUUUUUAUAUUGGUGGUUGUUUAAUUAUGUUACUCUUUUCCGCUGUUUUUAUGUCAUGUCAUAACUGAAAUAAAGAAAAAGGAUUUUUUUUCCUGACAGUGUCAUUUUAAAAAGUACUUGGCAUAAUAUUUGGUAGAAUGUGGUAAAUUAGACUACUUUGAAGACCCUUUAUUUUUGAUAUUAAAUUGAUACAGUCAUUUUAUGUUCCCUGUAAACAGGAAAAUCUAAUUUUUGUGCACAUGUUUCUUAGAAAAGGCAUUUAUUUGUAACUGUUAUAUACAGGUUUAAAACCAUAAUUCUUUAUUUUUGACUUCAAAGGAAUUCAUUUGUAAAUAACUUGUAUUAUGGAAUAAAAUUUCCUGCUAUGGUUUCAUGAAACAA